AUGACUAAUCUGCGCCCUUUCCACGCCGGCUGCUGCGUGUUUACGGUAACCUCAUCUGUCAUGACUUCCAUCCUGUCGUUCGGCAUCCUCGCGAGGUCAACCCAGCACCUCCGCCUACUGCCUGUACAGGUAUCAUACCUCCGGAGACUUUCCCAUCUUUCCUCGCAAGCCAAGGCCCCUGAAGUGCGCAGUCCAAGGCCUCCUCUGAUCAAGCAGUCCAUUGCUUACACUCACGCCCGAACAAUGUCGACUUCAACCCCAAUUCCAGAGCGGUACAAACUAAUCUUCUUCGUCCCCCCAUCCCACCUGGAGCCCUGCAAGGAAGCCAUAUUUACCACGGGCGCCGGCUCCUUCCCAGGAGGCAAAUACACCAAGUGUGCCUUCCAGACCCGCGGGACGGGCCAGUUUCUCCCGAACGAGGGCGCGGAUCCCGCCAUUGGGGCGGUGGGUGCGCUUGAGCAGUGCGAGGAACUCAAAGUGGAAAUUAUGUGUUUGGGGAGGGAGGUGAUGCUGAAUGCGGUCAAGGAGCUGGUGAGAGCGCAUCCGUAUGAGGAGGUUGCGUAUGAGGUUUAUCGGAUGGAGGAUGCGUAG